GCAGCGUCGACCACCAACUCAACCCCCGCCAGUCUCCUACUGUCGCCCAUCUGCACCUUUGAGAAUUUCCCCAUGCCCAGGUGAUACUGCUCACUUGCCAACCGGCACCAUGAUCAGAGGCAGGAUCGCGCAGAUGCGGCGCGACGCCGGCGUCUGUGCCUUUUGCCAACAUCGCCUACUUUCCCAGCGCAGUCUCAAGCCACAUCAUAGAUCCAUAUCCGCGACUGCCCCUUUGCGACAGGAGGAAUCUCCGAAUCCGAGUUCGCCAGCAACUUCGCCCUCAUCUCGACCUCCGGGAACUGUUGGCUGGGGCGCGCCUGCGGGUGCUGCACCUCGAGGCGGUUUUGGCUGGGGAGCGUCGUCUCUGAUCAAGCCAUCAGGCGGUGCAGCGAAAGCCCCAAGCGAGAGCCUACUCAGCCCUCACGAGCUUGAACAACGCAAGCGACUCAUUGCGCAACGCGAAGCAGCCGAGAAGCCUACACAGACGCAGCGCCCACUGCCGCCUUUCAAACAUGUUUUCAACGCCGAGCGCCAAAAUGCCAUGUACGAGAACUGGAAGAAGGAGGCGGAGGACAAGAAGAAGGGCAUCAGCAGUAAUAUAGGGAUUGGCAGUCUGGCAGGCCGAACCCUGGACCCGCCAGCACCACCAAAGGCGAAGGUGGCAGAAAGGCAUCGACGACCUCCACGCCCGUCAAGCAUCGCGAGGGCGCCCAGCACCGCAUCACCACAGUGGGACAUGUCUAAAGGUCGAAGAACAGCCGCUGCUCCUCCCCUCGCCCCUACGAGCCCGUCCGCUGGGCCUAAGUUUACCGCAGCACCGAUUCCAGCCAGCCCGCCCGCAGUCGCUGCACCAGAUAUCAAACCUUCAACACCAGCGACCAACAAUACAAGCGCUGUAGCUGCAACUGCACCACAGUCCGACUUGCUUGCACCACCCAAGCCAAAGGAGUGGGGCGCUCUGGCCACAAAGCAGUCUGCUCCAGAUUCCCGAACCACCCAGACCCAUGCUUUAACAAGCGAGGCGACGCCGACAUCCGAUUCUGCGUCUUGGAGUCAGCUUACCAGGAAGGCGGCUGCGCCGAAGAAAGACAAUAGUGCGGAGUUUUUCAACAACCUGCUCAAGAAAGAGCAGAAGAAGGCAUCAAGCAACACCACGCAAGACUGGGGUCGCGCUCUGGAUGAACAACCGAGACAGAAAAAGAAGCAAGACCCCUAUGCCGUAGACGAGCCCAAAGAAAGUGUAGCGCCAGAUGUCUCCCAGUCAACGACAUAUCCCACAAGGUCCAAUGGGGGGCGAGGCCGCCGGCUAGAGUACGAUUUUGACGAAAGCAGUUAUGAUACAACGAACCGCAAGGGCGGCAAGCAUAACCAGAAAAAGGGUGGCAAAUCCGGCCGUGGCUCCAGUUCCCGCUUUGAAGAGGAAGAGGAGAUGGACGAGGACGAGGCUAGUGCAUACGAGGCAUACCUAGAGAAGCAGCGGUUGAAGGCGGAGCGGAAAGCUGCGAAGGAGGCAGAGCGUACGGGACCCAUCCCUAUCAAGCUGCCGGAGCUCAUCACCAUCUCGGCGCUGGCUAGUGCUCUCAAGAUAGAGGUUCCACUAUUCCUGGAACAGCUUGCGGAGCUCGGGUUCGAAAACAUCACUCAGGACAGCAUUAUGGCGGGAGAGACUGCCGCUCUUGUUGCGCAGGAGUAUGGAUACGAGCCCACAGUCGAUGUUGGCGUCGAAAGAGAUCUCAAGCGCCGACCUCCAGCGGCAGAUCCGUCAAUCCUACCGCAACGCCCGCCUGUUGUCACAAUCAUGGGACACGUUGAUCAUGGAAAGACGACCCUGCUUGACUACCUGCGGAAAUCUUCUGUCGCGGCACAGGAGCAUGGAGGCAUCACGCAGCAUAUCGGUGCCUUCUCGGUCAAGAUGUCUACUGGCAAACAAAUCACCUUCCUCGACACGCCUGGUCACGCCGCCUUCUUGACGAUGAGACAGCGUGGUGCGAACGUUACUGAUAUCGUUGUGCUUGUGGUCGCUGCGGAUGACAGCGUCAAGCCUCAGACCCUCGAAGCCCUCAAGCAUGCUCGCGGAGCCAAAGUUCCGAUCAUCGUCGCUAUCAACAAAGUGGACAAGGACACCGCCCGUGUCGAGCAGGUCAAGAAUGACCUCGCUCGUAAUGGCGUCGAACUCGAAGACUUUGGCGGCGACGUCCAAGUUGUCUGUGUCAGCGGCAAGACGGGCCAAGGAAUGGACGAGCUUGAAGAGAACAUUGUGACGCUAGCUGAGAUCCUGGACAUGCGUGCCGAGGACGAUGGGCCAGCUGAAGGCUGGAUUCUUGAGAGCAGUCUCAAGGCCAGCGGCAAGGUCGCUACUGUUUUGGUGCGCCGUGGCACAAUGCGACCUGGGGAUAUCAUUACGGCCGGCACCACCUUCGCCAAGAUUCGACACCUGCGUAACGAAGCUGGAGUCAAUGUGAAAAAGGCAGGUCCAGGCACCGCCAUCGAGAUCUAUGGCUGGAGGGAAUUACCCGCAGCCGGCGAUGAGGUCAUUCAGGCAUCCGAUGAGGGUCGUGCACGCACUGCAAUCGAGUACCGCGAGGGCUUACGCGAGCAGGAACAAGCGGCCACUGACCAUGCAGCCAUAUCCGAAGUCCGCAACGUGCAAGAUGAGCAACGACGGCGCGCGAUGCAAACAGCCCGCAACGAAGUCAGGGAUAUCACCCGCGGGAAGUGGAAUGCCCGAAAAGCAGCGUUCCUGCGCGAGGCCAAAGCCGCGGCUGAAGAAGCUAUGCAGGUCGAUGGUGACGCCAGCGAUGGCCCCCGCAUCGUCAAUUUUGCCGUCAAGGCCGAUGUUCACGGCUCCGUGGAGGCUGUUUGUGCGUCGAUCCAGGAGAUUGGCAAUAACGAGGUCACCCCGCGCAUCUUGCGCUCCGCCGCCGGCCCCAUCACGGAGUUCGACGUCGAGCACGCGGCCAUGUCGGGCUCAGUGAUCAUCAACUUCGCCACCACCACGCCUUCCAACGUCAAGCGCCUCGCCGACGAGCAGGGUGUUAAGAUCAUUGAUCACACGAUUAUCUACCACUUGAUCGACGACGUCAAGGCCACUCUGAGCAGUUACCUUGCGCCGGAUGUUUCCUCCAAGGUUCUCGGUGAAGCCGAAGUCCAGCAAGUAUUCCAAUACAAUACCAAGGGCCGCGCAUUCAAGAAUAUCGCCGGUUGUAGGGUGCGCAACGGCGUCGUCACUGCGGGCAGCAUGUAUCGCAUCUUCCGUGGUGGCGAGAAAAUCUUUGAUGGUAAACUUGAAACUCUCAAGCACCACAAAAAGGACGUCACCGAGAUGCGCAAGGGUACCGAGUGCGGUAUGGGCUUUGAAGACUUCCAAGAUAUCCGGGAGGGCGAUCAGAUUCAAGCCUACGAGGAAAUCAAGACGGCAAGGAAGCUCUGAGGUCUUCCCGCGCGCAACAGCUUCUCAUUGGAAGCACAGAGCACUGCCAUCCGUCAUCGUGGUGAUGCAGGCUUUCUCGACUUAUGUCAGCACGAUUCGAACCCAGUUGUAUUGUAGUCCAAGGGCAUUGAA